AUGUCAACCUUUGAAAAGCUGAGUCAACCUCAUGCAUAUCUCUGGGAAUUGGGCUGCUCACAACUUUAUGUAUGCAAACAAGCCAUUGUAAACCAGGUUUUCCUAAGAGAAAGGUGCUCCAGGCUACGAUGUAUGUGGCUGCUUUUCCUGACGGGAUCAUCUGUUUUCAUCUAUUACACCUUCUACUCUCAGUCGCUUCAUUACAGCUUGAUCCUCUUAACUCCGACGGUGGAUUUUCUGAACUUCUGGGAGGUGCUCUGGAUUGUGGGCGUCACAGAUUUCGUUUUGAAGUUUGUCUUCAUGAGCCUGAAAUGCGCCGUUCUCCUGCUGCCUUGUUUUAUCAUGUCUCUUAAAUCCAAGGGUUACUGGUAUAUGCUGUUGGAAGAGCUUUGCCAGAGCUAUUCUAAAGUGGUUCCCCCUGUGUGGUUUCGAUAUCUGGUUGGCUUAAGGGAAUCGGACGGUAGCAUCGGGUGGAGUUUUGGCAUCUUGCUGGCUCUGCUGUAUCUUAUCCUAAAGCUUUUGAGUUUUUUACACAGCUAAAAAACUUCAGAAGGGUCUUACGGAUAUUUUUACACGGCCGAGCUACGGCGUGGUGGCCAGCAAGAGGCAGCGUGCCGAAGCAGACGAUCUUUGUGCCAUUUGUCAAGCUGAGUUUCAGAAGCCAGUUGUCCUCCUCUGCCAGCACGUCUUUUGUGACGACUGCAUCGCUCGUG